AUGUUCGCCCGGUCUAUCACCGCACGAGCUGGCGUGGCCGCCAACGCUGCAAGCCGUCGAAGCAUCAUCAUGGCCCGACAGCCUGGCUUCUCACUAGGCGCUCGUGCCGUUUCCACCGAGGCCACCCAGGUCAAGGAACUACCAGGCGACGAGCCCUACGAUGUCGUCUUCGAGAGCAAAUAUGGUCUGCGAACCAUCCUGCUCAACCGACCGAAAAAGCUCAACUCGCUGAAUGGGUCAAUGAUCCGCAAAAUCGUACCUCGGAUGAUUGAAUGGGAGAAGUCGGAUCUCGCCAACGUCAUUGUUAUGAAGGGUGCGGGGGAGAAGGCCCUUUGCGCUGGAGGGGACGUUGCCGAGUUGGCCAGGUUAAACCAAAGCUCACCAGAAGGAUGGAAGGAAUCGGCCGACUACUUCGCUCUCGAAUACAAGCUCGAUCACUACAUCGCCACAUACACGAAGCCCUACAUCGCCUUCAUGGAUGGUAUCACAAUGGGUGGAGGGGUUGGCCUCAGCGUCCACGCUCCAUUCCGGAUAGCUACCGAAAAGACUGUCUUCGCGAUGCCCGAGACUACAAUCGGUUUCUUCCCAGAUGUCGGAGCGUCCUUCUUCCUCCCCCGGAUGAACGGAUCUGUCGGCACUUACCUGGCACUGACCAGUGAGCGUCUCACCGGCCCCAAUGUCUUCUACUCUGGUAUCGCCACCCACUAUCUGCACUCCACCAGCCUUCCCGAUCUCGAGGGUCGUCUGGCCGAACUGAGGUUCAGGGACUCCGACACACUCGGCGACAGACUGAAAUCGAUCAACCAGACGCUGGAGGAAUUUUCCACUGGCCUACCUUAUGACCAACCCAUACAGCUGAAAGGCGAACUUCGCAACGCCAUUGACCGCUGCUUCAGCAAGAACAACAUCACUGACAUCAUCCAAGCCCUACAGCAGGAGAAGGGUCCAACCGAGGAAUGGGCUCAGAAAACCUUGGAGACCUUGAAGAAACGCUCUCCUACGGCGGUCCAUGUGGCCCUCAGGCAGAUGCGCAUUGGUGGUCAAUGGGAUAUCGCCAAGACAUUCCAGAACGAGCACGAGAUUGCCACCAAGUUCAUGAAGCACCCUGAUUUCACAGAGGGCGUCACAGCCCUUUUGGUACGGAAGGAGACCCCCAAGUGGUCGCCUGAAUCCCUUGAGGCAAUCCCAGCCAACCAGAACGUGGCUAAGCCAUUCUUGACGUUCGACGCCCCUGAAAAGCUGGAGCUGUUCACCGACAGGACCUUCUCAGAGUACCCUCACCGCUCGCUCGGAAUCCCUUCCGAGGCCGAGAUCGAGGAACUGGUAUCCUCAAAUAAGACCUUGAGUCGCUCAGAGCUGGCCGCGCAGGUCAUUUCUAGCCGAAACGGCCGCCAGGGCGUGGAGAAAAUUGUCAACGAGAUUAUUCACCGGAAGACCAGAGUCAACGACGAAGGCAAUUUAGUCUGGAUCCGCGACGAGUCGGCUUCCAGCAAGCUGUAG